AGUACAGACAGAUACCGUGUAAGUGACUUUACCCAUGAACAAGUCAGCAUCGGUGGACGCUUUCUUUACAAGACACAAAAGAAAAUGUAGUAUUAUUUGCAGCUAUAGUAUGAUCUACAGCUACUAGUUUAUAUCAGUGUUUUUAGGUUGAAGAAAUGGAUUACAAUCAGAUGCCUAUGAACCCCUAUGCGGGACAAGAAUUGCAAGUUGAUGCAUCACAAGGUGCCAGAAUGAUGGAGCCAAAUAUGAUGAACCCCUAUGCACCUCAGAUGUUCCCUGGGGGAGAGGCCUCACCAUUACCAAACCAGGAAUACAAACAGUUACACAGCUUCAUGGUGGAUGGUGGUGACAGAUUUGGUGUGUCAUGUUUGUGCUUUGAUAGCCAGGAACUUCUCUGGAUGGGAAAUCAAGGGGGACAUGUGACUUCCUAUUACGGACCAAGCCUACAGAAAUAUACGUCAUUCCAAAUACACCAGAAUGAGGACGUGAGGCAGAUGGCACCACUGAAAGAUCGUGGAAUAUUGUCACUCACUCAGAGUAGUUUAAGAUUGUCUAUCAGACGUGGUUUGUCUCAGUUUACGUUCCAGAGUCCAGACAUGCAUGAUAUGCAGUGUAUGCUGGUAACCAGUCCAACAUCUCUCCUGAUUGGAGGACAUCAUACAAAGGUCAUUGACCUUGACCUAACAACAGUCACAGAGAGACAAAAGUUUGAAGUGGCAGAUCCAGGUUGUGCUAUUUUGAGACACACCAACAAGUACAUCUGUGCUGGAGACACCAGUGGGAAGGUGACAUUGUAUGACCCAAACAGUAUGAAAGCAGAACAUGUAUUUGAUGCACACUCCGGGACAUUAUCAGACUUUGACAUUCAUGGUAACUUACUGGUGACAUGUGGAUUUUCUAGCAGGGUGGGUAACCUGACACCAGACAGGUAUUUGAAGAUGUAUGACAUCAGAAUGAUGAGAUCAAUGUCACCCCUACAGCUGAUUAUAGACCCUACAUUCUUACGAUUUGUCCCCACAUACUCCAGUAGGCUGGCUGUUGUAUCUCAGGUCGGUCAGUUUCAAGUGAUAGAAGCAACGGGCACUGCCUCCCUUGUCAUGUACCAGGUGCAGUGUCAUAACUCAAUCAUCAUGAGCUUUGAUGUGGCUGCUACAUGCCAGGCACUGGCGUUUGGUGACAGUGGAGGGUAUCUGCACCUGUUUGCCACAGAUGAGAAUGUUACAUUUAAUCCCUUCCAUGAAGAUACUGAUCUUGCUGAUCCUGUUGAGCCAAGCCAGAACAUCCAUAUCCAUGACUUUUCUACACCAUAUGCUAUGGUACCAAUGAGUUACCCAGGUACAGGCAAGCUGCUCUCUGAUUGGCCAGAUUACCUUUGUGAAAAAGUUUACAGAAAGCCGAAGCAGAUAGAUUCAGAGAUAUUGAGGACUAUGAAGGUAUAUCACAAUGUUGGGUAUGCUCCAAACCCUGGUAAGGAACGGAGAAAUCAGAUUCCAUACAUGAAGACCACAGAAGGAACAACUAAAGGCAAAUCUAACAUACCAGAAUCACCCCUUGGUAGAGGAGAUGACCCAUUUAUGGCGAUACCAAAGAGAUUUAGGAAGGUGGACCUGAAGUACUCCAAACUAGGUCUGGAAGAUUUUGACUUCAGACAUUACAAUAAGACACACUUUGCUGGACUGGAAAUUCACAUCCCCAAUGUGUAUUGUAACAGUAUGCUACAGAUAUUUUACUUCAUUGAACCACUGAGAGUGAAGCUGUUGAGCCAUUUAUGUGACAGAGAAUUCUGCCUGUCUUGUGAACUAGGAUUCCUCUUUCAUAUGCUUGAUAAACAGAAAGGUCAAACUUCUCAGGCGAGUAAUUUUCUGAGAGCAUUCCGUACACUGCCUGAAGCGGCUGCACUGGGUCUGGUCCUGGCGGAGAAUGAGGAGGUGGCGGGACGUGUAAAUCUUGGACGACUCAUACAGAGUUGGCAGAGGUUCAUGCACCAACAGAUACAUUCUGAAACCUCUCCAAAGGCGGUAAUGGAAAUUAAGCCAGAAGUUGCUGAAGGUGAGAAAGAAGAAAUCGUAACAGAAGGUGCAACAGCAGAUGUUCCACAACCAACAGAGGAGGCUGAAAAACCAGUCGAGGAAAAGACAGAAAAGGAAAAAGAAGUUAAAAAGGAAGAAACAAAGUCAUCAAAGUCUAAGAAGAAAAAGAAGAAAGGAAAGAAGGAUAAAAAAGAGGAAAAAGAAGCAAAGAAGGCUGCUGCUGCUCCUGAAGCAGUACAAGGGAGUGUAACGGAACAGCCUGCAGAGAAAACUGAGGGGGAGGGAACAGAAACAGCAGCAGAGUCUCCUAGAGAAGAAAAAGAGAAGAAGGAUGGGUCAGUAGUGAAUGAUAUAUUUGGUCUUGAUACUGUGACUACACUGCGAUGUCGUUGCGGACAAGAAAAUACCAGACAGAAUACAACAACACUUGUGAAUCUCAAUUACCCAGAUUGUUCUGGACAAGGUCUAAACAAGGGACCAGUCCCAGUGAGUUUUGUGCAGGUACUGGAACACAGUCUGACGUUAGAACAGAACACCCAGGCAUGGUGUAAUCAUUGUGCUAAAUAUCAGCAACAUCAACAAAGUAAAGAAGUGCUCACUCUGCCAGAUGUGUUAGCUCUCAAUUGUCAGCUGGAGAACCCCAGAGAUCUCGAGUUCUGGAAAAUACAACUUAUGUUGUUGAAGCAGAAAGAUGAAGGGGAGAAUGCAUCAUCCACAUCAUCAUCACCUAUACCCCUCCAGUCAACUGCCGUCAUGUGUAGAUAUGGUCGAAAAUGUACCAAGAAAGGCUGCCGGUUCAGGCAUGAACAAGAUAAUAGUUCCUGGUUACAAGAUGACAUCAUGAAGAUCCACACAGAUGAUGAGAAUGAUCCAGUCUGGAUACCAUUUGGUCUGAAGGUUCAGCUUGAGAAUGGUAAACUAAAAAUAGAGGAAUUUUCUGAUGAUGAGCCAAUGCCAGAUAAUCCAGAUCCAAAUACAAAAUACUAUGAGCUGCAUGGUACUGUAUCACAUAUCAAGGACAGUAAAGGAGGUGGCCAUCUUGUCAGCCAUAUUAAAGUGGGAGAAACAUUUCAUCAACGGAAGGAGGGUGUGACAACUACACAGUUCUACCUGUUCAAUGACUUCUCUAUCUCAGAUGUGGAAAAGGAGGAGGCUGUGAGGUUCAAUCUGGAAUGGAGGGUUCCUUGUACAUUAUAUUUCAUACGUAGGAACAUCAAACAGUUUUAUGACAUCACUGUGGUGAACCCGAUAACAAGAAGUGUACUAUCAGAUGAGUCAACAUUGAUAAAUCCCAAAAGGAGGAAGCUGACCUUUACACCCUUCACUGAGGAAGAGUAUCCAAAGGAAGGGGACAUUAUUGGUCUUGAUGCAGAGUUUGUCUCCCUUAAUCAGGAAGAGUCUGAGUUGAGAAGUGAUGGUACCAGAUCAACUCUCCGACCUAGUCAUAUGUCUGUAGCUAGAAUCACAUGUAUCAGAGGACAAGGGGAGAACCUUGGUGAACCUUUCAUUGAUGAUUAUAUCUGUAGUCAUGAACAGGUUGUGGAUUACCUCACACAGUAUUCUGGAAUUAAACCAGGUGACCUUGACCCCACAGUGUCAAACCGUCACUUGACUACACUGAAGGCAACAUACCAGAAGAUCCGUUACCUGGUGGACAUAGGGGUCAUUUUUGUAGGUCAUGGGCUCAAGAAAGAUUUCAGGGUUAUCAAUAUCCAUGUGCCGAAGGACCAGAUAAUUGAUACAGUUGAACUGUUUCAUCUUCCUAGACAAAGAAUGAUCUCACUGAAGUUCCUGGCAUGGUAUUUUCUGAAGAUCAAUAUUCAGUCUGUGACCCAUGACUCGGUGGAGGAUGCGAGAACAGCCCUUCAGCUUUACCUUAAAUAUCAGGAGGUGUCGAAGGAUGGCAUGGACAAAGUGCGUAAAGUUAUCAAAGAAAUGUACGAGUUUGGCCGCAAAAACCAGUGGAAAAUAUCGGAAGACAUUGAAGAGGCAACAGAGGACAGUGCAAUAGCUUUCUUAUAGUGACCUACUUAAGGACUUGUUUCCUAUUUAUGGAGUGGUUUUAUAAAUAGUAUACAUGUGGUUCAAGGCUUUGUUACAUAAAGCAGUGGGCUGGAAGUUGUAAAAUACCUUGAUUGGCUAGAAUUCAUACUAUUUAGCUAUUAAGCCAUGAUUCAGAAAUUUCUGAAAUGCCAGAUAACACUGUAUUCUUGUUGAGAUAUAUCGUUCAUCCUACAGAAUCUUGACUUCUAUUCAGAUGCUGUGCCUGUCAAGGUAUAUUUUAAGUCUUGGCUUUGUGGGUGUAUAGGAAUAACACUAAUUUGGAAUCUGAAAAUUUUGUGAUGCUGACUGUGAGACUGUGCAAUGAAAUGAUGAAACUGUUGAUAUAUAGAUACCAAACAGAAGAGGUAUCUAGAUACAAAACAGCAGAGGUAUCUAGCAGUUCGGAAUGGAUGCUGUGGGUAAAGUUACAGGAAAAGGAUUGGAGGAAUUUGUAUUAAUAUGGAUAAAGAUAGUUUGAAUGAUCUGAAGGAUGCUGUGUUAUUGUAGAAAGAAAUAGAUUAAAGGUUUGGAAGGAUGCUGUAUUGUCGUGGAUGGAGAUAUCUUGCAGCUUGGGAGGGAUACUGUAACAUUUUAAAUAGAAAUAAAGGUCGGGAGGGAUGCUGUGUUCUUGUGGAUAGAGAAAGGUUAAAGGUUGACAUUGAUGUUAUAUUAUUGUGGAUGGAGUUAGAUUGAAGGUAGGGUAUAAAUUUGGGACACAGAAGCAAAAAUGGUGUUAACAUUUGCUUGCUUUAAAUUUUGGAAAUAAUCUCCAUUUCCAAAAAAAGGCAAUAUUUCUACAUUACUAAAUUAACAACUGAUACAGCAUAUCUCUAUCAGGCAUCAAAAUAAUGCAACAAGCUGUAUUUUGACAGUUCUUGUUCACAGAAGUUCUAUUUUUGUUAAAUAUAUUUGUAUCAGUUAUAGAUAAAAGAAUGAUUUGUUGUUGAAAUUGUAAAUGAUUUCAAGAAAAUAAAUGUGCUAACUA